AUGAUAUCCAUCCCGGUGAAAGUGCAGGACAAGACUCAGGACAAUCCUAGCUAUGUCAUGGAGGAGUAUCCAAUUCUCGACCCGCAUUCCGUUGUGAAAUACAUGUGGGGCGCAGGGUUGCGAGUGCCAAUGUCAGAGGUGCAAGAGUUCUGGGAUAGAUCAAGGCAGAACAAUGAACCUUGGAGUCUUUUUAGCAAAGCAUCAUCAGCCCACAUCCCCUUGGGCAUCUACGGGGACGGUGCUACAAUGAAGAUGAACUAUGGAAAACAGGAAUCCAUCAUCGGAUUAUAUCUAAAUCUACCUUUGUGGCGACCAAAGUCAGUUCGGGGAUCUCGAUGGCUACUAUUCUGCAUAGAAGAAGACAGGCUGUGGCAUCAUUUCACCCUCAACCGAGUUCUUCGAGAAAUAGUAUGGAGCUGCAACCAGUUAUACUCCGGGGUCCACGCUUCAGUGGGUGCAGGUGGUGAACGGUUGCCACCAGCCUUGGAGCACCUUGCCGGGACACAGGUUUGCGAGGGAGCAGUUUUUGCAGUGGUUGAAAUCCGCGGAGAUUGGUCUUGGAUGAAAAAAAUAUUCCGGUACUACCAGACCAGCUGGAAUGGGCGCAACACAUGCCACGGCUGUGGAGCCACAGGUAAAGGCCCAUACAGUGAUCGGUACUACAACUUUGAGGGUGCCAAUUGGGAUGAUCAUGACUUCUCUUUGGGAGAGUUCCUGACCAAACGGAUGCCCCCUAAGGGUGUCUGCCCUCUGGUGUGCCUGGCCAAUUUCCAUCCUGGACUGAUAAAGUGGUGCACCAUGCACGUGGUCCAUUUAGGAAUCUUGUACGUUUCGAACGGUGCCUGCAUGAAAAUGCUUUGUGACAUUGGCUAUUUUGCCCCGAUGGGUGACAGCCUGCGAAUGAAGCUGGCAAAAGCACAUGAGAAGUUUAAGCGGUGGUGUAAGAGGACCAAUGUUAGCUGCAGCCAACCCAUGUUCACAGUGGGUUUAUUGAUGAAGUGGCGCACCAAUGACGUGCUCCUCACAUGUAAAGCCUACAAUGGCCGGUGCGUAGCAGAGUGGUUGGGGGAAUGUGCCCGCGAUGCUGCUACCCAAGAAGUUUUCCUUGCUGAAGACUCACGACUCCCUAUGGCCGCGUUGGCACAGUGA